AUGGAGGAACUGGAACUGGAGCGAAGCCUGAAGGAACUCCUCUGGACCCCUUCUCUGCGGUGGAUCUUCGUCGGCGGGAAGGGCGGCGUCGGCAAAACCACGACGAGCUGUGCAGUCGCGGCGCAGCUUGCGAAGACGCGAGAGUCUGUCCUAAUCAUUUCAACCGACCCUGCACACAACAUCAGCGAUGCAUUCACCCAGAAAUUUUCCAACUCCCCCUCGCUCGUCAACGGCUUCAACAACUUGUACGCCAUGGAGAUUGACAGUUCGUACCAGGAGACAUUUGAUUUUAAGUUGAGCAAUUUGCCUUCUGGCGAGGGCGGAACCUCCUUCAGUUUGACGUCGCUGCUGCCGGAGAUGCUUCAAGCUGUUCCCGGCAUCGACGAGGCCCUCUCCUUCGCGGAAUUGAUGCAGAGCGUUCAGAGCAUGAAGUACAGUGUCAUCGUGUUCGACACUGCCCCCACGGGUCACACGCUUCGGCUCCUCGCGUUCCCGGACUUGCUCGAAAGAGGACUGAAGAAAAUUUCCACCUUCAAGGACAAGAUUCAGUCUGCUCUGCAGAUGCUGAAUGCGGUCUCCGGCCAGCAAAUUCAGGAGCAAGACUUUGCUGCGAAGAUCGAGAACUUGAAAGCCGUUACGACCUCGGUGCGGGAAGCGUUCCAAGAUCCGGCUCACACAACCUUCGUGUGCGUGUGCAUCCCUGAGUUCCUGAGCGUGUACGAGACCGAGAGGCUCGUCCAGGAACUGGCCAAGCAGAAAAUCGAUUGCAGCAACAUCGUGGUGAACCAGGUGCUCUUCCCAGUCGGAGGCGUGCAAGAUGAAGACGGUCGUCCUCCCGCGUCUCUCGCCUACGCUUCCGACCUUGGUCCCCCAGUUCCUCUGGAGCAGCUGCUGGCACCUCCCGCCCCGCAAGGAGAAGCCGAAACGGUGCACGACGAGAAUGCGAGGCUGCGCCGCUUCAUUCACCGGAUUCAAAUCCGCACGCGCUCCGUAGGCGUAUAG